CCUGUCCCUGAAGGAGCAGGAGGAAGGACACAGAAAUGUCACUUUGAGUUCAAAUCAGGUGAAGAUGCUGCUGAACUGGGAUGUGGUGCGCGAGUCUGGUGCUUCUGUGGUGGGCCUUGUCUCCACACCGGGGAUGGGCAAGUUGCUGGCUGAGGCCCGCCUGGUCCUGGAGCCUGAGAGGCAGGCAGUUCCGCAUGGGGCACACAAGGGCGUGCUGCGAGGAGUCUCCUCUGUCCUGCUCUCACACGUCAUCUCUGCCUUUAUGAGCAACAGGGACACCCAGAACCUCAGCUCCCCUAUCACCUUCAUCUUUUCCCACCAUUCACUGACCCCUGGGCCAACACAAAAGGUGUUCUGCGUCUUCUGGAAUCACACUCCGGAUGGAUAUGGUCAUUGGUCCACCACAGGCUGCAGGAUGGUGGCCACUGGAGACACCAGCACCACCUGCCAGUGCACCCACCUCAGCAGCUUUGCCAUCCUCAUGGCCCACUACGAUGUGCCGGUGGAGGAUCCCGUGCUGGCUGUGAUCACCUACUUGGGGCUAGGCCUCUCUCUCCUGUGCCUCCUCCUGGCAGCCCUCACCUUCCUACUGUGCAAAGCCAUCCAGAACACCAGCACCUCGAUCCACCUGCAGCUUUCAAUCUGCCUCUUCCUGGCCCACCUGCUCUUCCUCAUGGCCAUCGACCGGACUGAGAUCGAGGUGCUGUGCACCAUCAUUGCGGCUGCCCUACACUAUCUCUACCUGGCGUCCUUCACCUGGAUGCUGCUGGAGGGUCUGAAUCUCUUCCUCAUUGCACGCAACCUGACGGUGGUCAACUACUCCAGUGUGAGCAGGGUCAUGAAGAAGCUCAUGUUCCCCGUGGGCUAUGGAGUCCCGGCUAUAAUUGUGGCCAUUUCUGCCUCAUCCAGGCCUCUCCUUUAUGGAACACCCACCCGCUGCUGGCUCAAUCCAGGAAAGGGAUUUAUAUGGAGCUUCCUUGGGCCAGUCUGCACCAUCUUCUCUGUCAAUUUAGCUUUCGUUCUGAUGACCCUCUGGAUUUUGAAAAGCAAACUGUCUUCCCUCAGCAGUGAUGUAUCCACCCUCCAGAACACAAGGAUGCUGACAUUUAAGGCCACAGCUCAACUCUUCAUUUUGGGCUGCACCUGGUGCCUGGGCAUCCUGCAGGUGGGUCCAGCUGCCCAUGUCAUGGGUUACCUCUUCACCAUCAUCAACAGCCUGCAGGGCUUCUUCAUCUUCUUGGUGUACUGCCUCCUCAGCCAGCAGGUCCAGGAGCAAUAUGGGAAAUGGCUCAAAGGGAUCAGGAAAACAAGAGCUGAGUCUGAGAAAUACACACUGUCCAGCAAGGCCACGUCUGGUGCCUCCAAACCCAGCACGCAUUUCACAAACCUUGAAGCAGAGGGAUCAGGACAUACAUCUUGAAAGAGACAGGUUAAUUAAAAAAUAUCUUGAGUUAUAUCCACUUAUCCCAUGGAAAAUUGGAACGGUUAUUCUCUGAGCAAAUGAGAGGAUAAACAAGACCGUUGUGUGUGUUUCAAGAAAUUCACCACGUCAAUAAUGUGAAAGACGUCAA